CAGCUUCGACUUCUUCGAUUGCUGCUUCAGUUGUUAAGAUUCUGGUGCGUUGGGGUUUUUCUUCUAUUUGCACCACUUUCGAGCACCUGUUCCAAGUUUUGCAUUUUUUAGUCUGUAAACCUUUGUUUCCGUUACGAUGGAGAAGAUAAACCGUAAAUCUUCCGCUAGAGCAUCCAUCCAGCUGGACGAAAUGGACUACACCCCGAUAUUGUUGGCAUGUAUUGUGGUCCUGGUUACACUAGCACUGUUGUUUGUUUGGAAAAAGAAACGUUCCGCCCGUACGGAUGUGCUGCUGAUGGGAUUGUGUGAUUCGGGAAAAACGGUUCUAUUUACGAGUUUACUGUUGGACGAAAAGAAAGAAACCUUUACUUCGAUCAAGGAAAAUCUAGGCUACCUGCAGACGUCCCGCGGUGAGCUGCGUCUGGUGGAUGUUCCUGGGCACGAACGGCUGCGGGGAAAAUUCUUCGAUCAGUAUAAAAAUUUGGCCAAAGCGAUCGUGUUCUUUGUCGAUAGUGUUACAGUGCAGAAGGAUGUACGGGAUGUUGCCGAUUUUCUGUACACCAUCUUGGCCGACAAAGCUAUAGCUAAUUUGCCAGUGGUUAUUUUGUGCAACAAGCAAGAUGAAGCAUUGGCCAAGGGAGAUGCAGUGAUUAAAAGCUUGUUGGAGAAGGAAAUUAAUUUGGUGCGUCAAACUCGGACUAGCGAGCUGCAAUCGGUAGAUAAGCACAGCACUGAUGCCGUCUUUCUCGGGCGGUCGGAUCGAGAUUUUGAUUUCAGCCAGCUUUCACAAGAAGUGAAGUUUAUUCCUUGUUCAACGCAGAAAGAUGAGUUGGAUGAUUUGACUGCAUUUUUGGAUACCUUAUAAGGGCUUAGCAUGCAUAGUGUAACGAGUGACACCGUAUUUGUGUACUCUCACCAGGAGAGUAAUGAUUGAAUCGAAGGAUCUUGUUUUUUUUUUUGAAUUUUCAACCAGUGUUCCCCUUCUAUUAUUAUUUUUUAUGGUACCAGCGGUUUUGUAUUUUUUAAUAAAGCGGUAAAAACUAUGCAUUGUUUGGGAAAU